AUGUCCCGGCGCACCAUCGGCGGUGGAAGAGUUCUGGGAAGCGUUAGGACCUUGGGACCUCCAGCUCCUCCGCCGAAGUCGACCUCGCCUCUCCCCACUCAUGUGCUGUCCCCUUCCGCCUCGAGUCUGUCCUUGAAUACCUUCGGCAGCGGGAACUCUACACCUCCUUCGUCCGAUCCUCAAGAUAUUGCCGCACGAGUAUCACUUGACCAUGGAGCGCCAGAUUUGCCUAUGCCAGCAGCUGCUGCAACAGACCGCUUGGUCUGUCCGAUAUGUAACGAAGAGAUGGUCACCCUCCUGCAGUUGAACCGACACUUGGAUGAUGCACAUAAAGAGAUAGAGGAGGAACAACAGGAUGAAGUCAAGGACUGGUUUAAACAACAAAUGGUCAAAGCGAAAAAGUUCCAACCACUAGCGGUGUUGAAUCAGAAACUCAAAGGUCUGGAGGUCUUCGAGUCGAACCAUGACAUUGCGAGAAGUAGCACUCCAACGCCUCGGAACGAUUCGGUUUCAAGAGAACCAAAUGUUCCUCCAUUGCCUCCGAAGCCCGCUCCGGCGGCCAUUGACCCAGAUGAUAUUAUCAAUAAACAACACUGGCAAAGGAGAACUAGCUAUGAUGUAUGCUCAGAUCCUACAUGUGAGAAAAGGCUGGGUUCGGCAACGAAUGGUAUCGUUAAUUGUCGGCACUGCGGAAAGCUCUUCUGUGACGAACACACUAUGUAUCAAAUGAAAUUAUCGAGAUCAGCCCAGCAUGACCCGGUUCGAGGCCUCUGGUAUCGCGUCUGUGAGACAUGCUACAAGAGUCGUGAGGGUUACAUGGACAGACAAGGACUGGAGCGAGAUCGUAUGAACGCCUUCGACAGGGUAAGGAGGGAUAGGCUGAGUCACAAAGAAAUGGCAGUGGCGAGACUGGAAAAGAGGCUGUCGAGAUUAACACAAUUACUAGCCAAUCCACCAGAAGAAAUUCCACAGUCCACUCUCAACAAGAGGUGGUCAUUAAAUUGGGGCCAAAAUGACCCUCGAAAAGCUCUGGAACAAAGUAUUGUGUCCUGGCAAAACGACGCCGAAGUUCAGCGAUGUCCCUACUGCCAGCAGGAUUUUACUCAGUACACAUUUCGUCGGCACCACUGCCGAACCUGUGGGAAGGUCGUCUGUGGCGACCCAGCAACUGCAUGUUCGACUGUAAUAGGCCUCAAUGUCGCAACCACUAACACCCGCUUCUCUGUGACAGAAAAACUCCCCCCCAACGACACUGUCCCUCUAGACAUCCGACUGUGUAAAGAGUGCAAUCACACCUUGUUCUCGCACCGAGACUUCCAGUCUUCAUUAACCUCACCUUCUAUCGAGGCAUUCACCAGAUCAUACAGCAACCUGCUUCAAUUCGAGCGCGGCAUCCGACUUUUACUACCGAAAUUCCAAAAACUCCUUCAAGCCCUUCAAGACCCGGACCAUCCACCUUCAUCCACACAGAUAUCUGACGCUUCUCGCACGCGCAAACGACUUAUGGACUCGUUCACCCAAUACGACACCGCAGCCCGGCGUAUACGAGAUAUGCCCAGCCAAUCAGCUACACAACUCAAACUCCAGAAAGCCAUUUAUCAGAACGCCACGCAAUUCCUCCACUUGCAUAUGCUCCCAUUGAAAUCCCUCCCCAAAGUACUCAAGCAUGCCACGCCGCAUGGGACUAGCAACAGCAACUUGAAACCAGACCCAUCGAAUCCCCGUGCCUCGCUCGCGAUCCUCAACCACAACCACAUCCGACACGACAGCUCCUCGAAUUUAUCCAUCGCCAGCUUCACGUCUUCGCGCGUCAGCGAGCUGGAAGCCGAGGAGAAAUCACUGCGUGAACGGUUGAUCGUGCUGGAAGAACAAAAGUUCAUGGUCCAGGAGAUGAUCGCCGACGCGAAUCGGCGGCGUAAAUUCGACGAGGUGGCUGCUCUUGCUGGCAAUGUCGAGGAUCUCUCCACCGAAAUCGACAGCGUACAGAAACUCGUGGACAAUUUACGCGGAGAGUUUGAGGGUGUGUAUACGGGCCAGGCUGGAGGUGGCGGAGGUUUGGGCAGUGGCGUCAAUAGUCCGGUCAGGAAACCUUCAGAUACCGGCGCCGGAAAAUUGAAGUUCGUCAUCACUGCUGGGACAGAGAAUGGAUGA